AGGGAUACGUGUGACCCUCUCCAGUUUUCAGCAAUGCUUCGCUCCAGCUGACAGAUGGCGCUGAUAAUGCUGCAAAUCCCAUCGCUAGGCGAAGAAGACAGCGGCUCAGCUUUCUUUACCUGGAAGAUGGAGGUUACAUUAUAUAUAUAUUUUCCGAUAGCUCUUUUGGGUAUCUAGUUUGAAAUUAGCGCCUAUCAUGUGAGAUAGCGACCCUCAGCAUGGAGGAAUCGUGGGAUUUUGAAUUCGUGUCUCGAAUGGUUGACAGUCUGGUGUCGUUUCUGUCCGAGUUUGUGGAUGACUGGCUGGCCAACGACAUGAGAGUCGCAGUGUUUAAAAUACUGUUCAGCUGGCUCGUCCUCAGUCUCAUCGCGAUCCAUUUCGCUUGGAAAGUGUACGGGAACACUGUCAAUGAUAUGUACUACAGACAGGGGAUUGGAGGACAGAAUGGAGGGACCCCUGACACAGCACCUCAUCUGAGUGAAUGGCAAAGUGCAGCUGGUGAUGCGAUGAAAACCCACCGUGAGUGAUGUACCUGCAACUGGACUAAAAACACAGACUCACAAGCUGGAAAACGGCAACUGCAUUCCUCCAAGAUGUUUAAAUAUAACAGAACUUGUGCCAUAAAAUCCUUACGUGUACAUUUAUUGGUACUUGUAAAUCUGUGAUGGACUGUGGUGCAAGACUCUAGACCCAAACACUUGAACAUUUCUUGAAAUGUACCCAACAGAAAGGUGCUGUGCACUGCAUGGAGGGCAUUAAGGGUGUAUGAUCUGACAUCUAGCAGCUCCUACUCUUCUUUUAGGAUGGUUUGAAGACACCUUAAUUCGGACUGAAUUCUGGCUGUGAGUAGAUAAGACCUGAGAGAUAUGCACACAAUAUCCUUUGACAACUAAUUACUGACUGCAAUGCUGGUCAAAAUGAUGGCCCCAAAUGUUCACAUAGUAUAUUUGUAGAAAUCAGAUUAGAUCAUUGAUUUGAUAUGCAAGAUAGUAGUCGAGACUGUACAGAGAUAAGACUUCAAAUGUGCCUCUGCCAUGUCUUCUGGUAUCCAAGAAGUUUUUGCUGUGAAAACAAUACAGUAAAUACAGUUUGUAACUAGUAAUGUGAAUGUCUCUGUUAUUUCAAGAUUCCAAGAAUACUCUGGAAUACAAGGUAAAAGUGCACAUUUGAAAUCACCUUGUUUUAGUAGGAGUAGAGGAGUUAUAUGUUGGGGGGAAUCAAACAAAAAAGUCGACAUCUGUAUUUGUAAUGUGAUAUUUUAAUAUAAAACAUGAUACUCAACAACAACAAAUAUAGGAGGGGACUAGAUUUUACUCAUCAGGGAUUGAUUGGAUAUUGAACAUUUGUUGUUCCAUACCACAAUGGAGCCAAGUGGUUGGAGGGCAGGGUUUUGAAAAAUAACAGAACUUGAUGUCAGCCAAAAAGGAAAGUUGCUUCAGAGGUGGAGCAAGUUAUUAAAUUUUGAUGUGAGAUUAUAAAACCAAACCUAUUUUAUUAUUAUUUUGAAAUAAGUUGGACUGAUGAAUCGUGCACAAAAAGACCAGGAUUGUGAAUUAAGACAGUAAAUACGGUCAGUUUGAUUUUAUUUAAAAUUUACUUAGAAAGUGGCAAUAGUUAUACUGCAGAUAUUAUUGGCUGUUUUGUACUACAAAUUGCUUAUGUCCCUCAAUUGUAAGUCAUCUUGGAUAAAAGUGUCUACAUUUUGCAUUUAGUGUUUCGCAAAUGCUAAAAAUAUAUGCUGUUUUGACAAAUCUUACAAAUUAGCUGUGCUUAGAAUGUAAUGGAAAAGUGCACUUGCUGCAGACUAUUUAAAAAAAAAAAAGAAAAAAAAACCCACCAAAACAAUUAAUUUUUUUUCACCCAAAAUUUCAUUUAGUUGUUUGCAAACACAAAUCGGUCCACAAAGUC